GUUGUCUCAGCCUCGGCCCCCAGAGCAGCAGUGCCUCUCCUCGUCCUCCCCUCUUGGACCAGCAGCUCAGUGUGGCGAGGCCAGGAACGAUGGGCCGGAAACUGGACCUGUCGGGCCUGACGGAAGACGAGGCGGAGCACGUCUUGAAAGUUGUCCAGCGUGACAUGAAGCUGCGAAAGAAGGAGGAAGAGAGGCUGAGUGAGAUGAAGCAGGAGCUGGCGGAGGAAGGCAGCAGAUGCUCCAUCCUCUCCAAGCAGCACCGCUUCAACGAGCACUGCUGCAUCCGCUGCUGCGCGCCCUUCACCUUCCUGCUCAACCCCAAGCGCCUGUGCCUGGACUGCCAGUACAACGUCUGCAAGACCUGCUGCACCUACAACAAGAGGGACAAAGCCUGGCUCUGCUCUGCAUGCCAGAAGGGCAGGGUUUUAAGGACACAGUCGCUUGAAUGGUAUUAUAACAAUGUGAAGAGUCGCUUCAAGAGGUUCGGGAGCGCCAAGGUUUUGAAGACUCUGUACAGAAAGCAUAUUAUAGAGAGAGGAGCGUUCUCUGAUCUCCCAGAAAGCAGUGUUCACGAGGGAAGCACCGGCAACGACAAUGAUGGCAGCAUCUGUGGCAGCGACUCCGCCUUCUACAAACAGAGUGAAGGACACAGUAUGGCAGAGACGCUCACAGUCGCCCUGCGUGUUGCUGAGGAGGCUAUAGAGGAGGCCAUCGCUAAGGCAGAGGAAUUCAGUGACAGCUUGGAAAAGCAGAAUGAGGCUCGGUAUCUGCAGGACCACAAAGAGGAGCUCAUAGAAGAACUCGCCACAACAAUUGUACAAAAAAUCAUCCAGAGGAGGAGGCGUUCAGAGAUGCACACAGAGUAUGACUUUGUCUGGCCUCAGCCUCAGUCCCUGAUCCAGUCCAGUGAACUCCCCUCUCCGUCUCAGCCUCAAGCUUCUUCACAAGGACCGCAGGACCCCGUCAAGACCUCAAACUCCCUCUGGCGGUCGCGGUCCGCGUUCUCCCUCACCAGUGACGACUCCCCGGAGAAGGGUCCAGACGAGGAGGAGGCCGGGGCGGGAGGCGGCUUGCAGGAGUACGCUUCUCUGAAGAGGGAGGGCAAGGCCACGUCUCUACCCAGCUGGAAGAGUGUCGACCGCCUGGACAACUCCAGUGCAUCCUCAGUGCUCCAGAGCCCAGACGGUAACUGGAUUGCUCUGCACAGCUCACAGAUGUCCCGGCCCAGCCUGCUAACCAAGAGGAAGAGCCUGGUGUUCAGCGUGUUGGAAAAGGAGUCCGGCGUCGUGUCGGCUUACGACGAGAUGGGAUCCGACUCUGAGGAGGACGACAAAGGCGGCUGGGGUGCAGCGUUGCGACAGUUCCGGCGCAAACUCUCCGACGAGACUUACUACACGGACUCGCAGCACGACCCGGAGUGGACGUACACCCAGCACCUUCCAAUUACCUCGCCGUCCUCUGGCCAGUACACCAACACAGAGACUGUCAACUCGGACUCAGAGGCCUCAUCAGUGCUGUCUGCAUGUCCUCGCAAACCGCCUCACAACCUGCUGAAGAAGAAAGGACCGCCGGACACACACCUGCACCCUCAUCACCAGCCGCUCUACCAACAACACCUUCACCAGAACCUAUCUCCCUAUCGUCUCCACUCAGAGGCACUGGAUGUCAACUUUAACCCUAAGGUGAUGGGAGACAGCAGCGAGGCGGAGGAGAGGCAGAGCGACCCGAUCAGAAGAUCACGGCGACGCAGGAAAAGCAAGAGAGAGUCGUCAACAGAGCAGAGCAAAGCUGGAGGCCAGAGCCACACACAGUCCUUCUACCCAUUAGUACAAGAGAACAGUGGUUUUUUACUCAACGCCCUUCUGAAGAGGGGUCUAAGUGAGGAACAGUCAGUACCUGACACCACGCCAAUGGCCACAACUGCACCAGACGCCUUCAAAUUAGACGCCGUGACACCCGAGCCAGAUGACUUGGACACAGUGGCCCCGAAUUCAGCAGCCCUGAGCCCUCCACAGCCCCACGCUCUGGCUCCAGGGUCCCAGCAAUCACCCAGCAUCUCAGGGCCUGGAGAUCCUCUGGAAGAGGAGCUAAGAUCCAGACUCAGCCAGCUGGUCAGCCGUGCUAACAGCAAAGACAGCAGCUCAUCUGAGGAGGAGUGCACAAAGCAGACAGAUAAAGGAAGUGACAGACAGAGAGAGAAGAUGAGGCCAAAAGACACUGAAAGAGAAAGGCAGAAGGGAAGUGACAGAUUAAGAGACAGGACCGGCAGUAAAGAAAGAGAGAAAGUGUGUGAAACUGUGGAACAAGUGAAUGGACAAGUGGUGAAAAGAAGUGAGAGACUAAUAAAGAGUCCUUCAGUGAGAGAGGAAGGGAGAGGCAGGGAGAGGCGGUUAGAGAUGGGAGUGGAAUGUUUGGAAGAGAACGUAGGCGACCGGGAGAAAAAGAGGGGAGAGAACAGAGAGCCAAACAGACAAAGUAAGAGACAACAUAAAAGAGAUGUGGAGAAAGAAGCAGGACAAAAAGGAAGAGUAAGAAGGAGUGGAUCCAGCACAAGUUCACCUGCUAUUACACCUACUUCCCAGGAGAGGACGCUGUCAGACAGCCAGGACUCGGAACAGAAUGACUUGGAGCAACAGCAGAGGCUUCAGUUGCUCUCCUCUCUCUUACAGCAGAGAAAAACAGAACUUCUUCAGCUCUGCAGCAUCACCACCGAGGUGCUGAAGGUUUUGAACGCUACAGAGGAGCUGAUCAGUGAGGCAGGAGGUGAGAGCUACACCCCAUCUGAGUCCAUGAGUGCUUCUCCCAUCUCCAACAGCUCGGAAACCCGCAGGCUGGACCAGAGGCUGACCAAGAUGGAGGAGAAUGUGUACCUGGCUGCUGGUGCUGUGUAUGGGCUGGAGGGGGCACUGGGGGACCUGGAGCAGUGUGCCCGCGGUAUUGAGAGUGGCACCUCAGACACAGAGCUGGCCUUCCUGGAGGACCAGGUGGCCACCGCAGCCGCUCAGGUUCAGCAGUCUGAGCUACAGAUUUCAAACAUUGAGGCCAGGAUAUCGGCACUGAAAACCGCUGGGUUGAAUGUGACUGUCUGCAAUCAUUUCUCCAAGUUCAAGCCAAAGGCUAAGCCUCAAACCCUGGACUCAUCACGCCAUCAAAGGAGGAAGCUUCCAGCCCCUCCACUGAGAGAAAAGUUGGAGCCAGAGCUACAGGUGAAAGUGUUUUCGGCCAUAGUGACAGUCAGCAGCAUAACAUGUCCCUCAGGGCCACUUCAGAGCCCCAGGGACGGGGGGCCCGUCUCAUCCAGUGCCUUGACCCAGUGUGCCUCCCAGCUGCAGGCCAAACAGGGGCCAACACCCGCCCCAGCGACCUACCAAGCCCUCAGCCAGGCACCGCUGUCUGUCAGUCCAAAUGCCUCUCAGAAAAGAUGA